AUGGUGAGAGCCUAUCUCCGAUACGAGCUCGCUGGCUCGUGGGGCGUCGUCGCAAGCGACGCCGACGUGGUCUACCUGAAGGAUGGCAAGACCCUAGUAGCUCCGGCGCUCGAAACUCUGCAAAUAUGGAGCGUGCGGAAGGGUACCGUGUUGAGAAGACUCACAGCGCCGCGUGGGGAGAACGACGCCGCGGCUCCGUCCGUCACCGCGGUCGCGUACUGCCCCGCAGUCGACCGCAUCGCGGCGGGCUACUUCGAUGGCACCGUCCGCGUCUGGAACCCGACUUCGGGUGAAAUCGAAGCCACGUUUUCAGGACACAGGAGCGCGGUGGCGGCGCUGCGUUUCAGCAUGGACGGCGCGCAAUUAGCGUCCGGGGGGCGCGACACUGACAUCGUCGUGUGGGACGUCGUCGGCGAGACGGGGCUCUACCGCCUCAAGGGGCACAAAGGCCAGGUCACCGACCUCGCGUUCCUGCCCCACGCCCCGCGCCUGAUAUCCUCGAGCGCGGACGGCUUCGUCAAGGUCUGGGACACGACCACGCAGCACUGCUGUCAGACAGUCGUCGGACACCGUAGCGAGGUGUGGUCGCUCGACGUGUCCCCGGACGGCACGCGCGUCGCCACGGGCUGCGUCGACGCCGACGUGCGCUUCUUCCGCGUGCACGCCGACGCCGACGCCGCGCCACAAGCGCCCCACGACGGCGCGAACACCCUCGAAGCAAUGGGCAGUCUCCGGCGCACCACCGCGCACCGUGUGGCGCGGGUCCGGUUCUCGCCGACAGGCGAGCACCUCGCCGUGCAGGGCGCGUCCAAGGCCGUCGAGGUCUUCCGGCGGCGCACCGACGCGGAGGUCCACAAGCACGUGAAGCGGCGGAAAAAGCGCGCUGAGAAAAAAGGCGCUGCGGGCGACGGCGGCGGCGACGCGGAGGCCGCGCCCGGCGUGGUCGCGUCGGACGAGUACGCGCCGCUCCCGCCGCUGCGCCUCCGCUCGAAGAUCCGCUCCGUGGCGUUCCAGCCGGGCGCGCCUGCGUCGACGGCAGUGAUCGCCGCGGGGCUCUCGGACAACAGCGUGGAGGUGCACGAGCUGUCCGAGGGCAAGGACGACAAGGGCAACGGGCUACACGCGCGCCGAUACGGCCUCGAGCUCGCCGGGCACCGUGCGGACGUCCGCGCCGUCUCCUUGUCGUCGGACGGGACGCUGCUGUUGUCGGCCUCGGGCGCCGGCGCGAAGCUCUGGGACCCCGCCGAGGGCCGGCUGCUGCGCUCGGUCGAGGACGUCGGGUACGGCCUGUGCGCGGCGUUCCUGCCCGGGGACCGGCACGCGGCGAUCGGCACCCGCGACGGCGCUGUCGAGAUCGUGGACGUGGCGUCCGGCGGCGUCGAGUCGCGCGUCGCGGACGCGCACAGCGGGCCCGUGUGGUCCCUCGCGGUGCUGCCGGACAAGUCCGGCAUCGUGACGGGCUCCGCCGACAAGGAGGUCAAGUUCUGGGAGUUUGCAGUAGAAGAACAAGCUGAGUCAGGCCGGCGACGGCUGAGUCUGACGCUGAAGCGGACGCUGCGGAUGUCGGACGACGUGCUGUGCGUGCGGUGCUCCCCGGACGGGAAGCUCGUCGCGGCGUCGCUCCUGGACUGCACCGUGCGCGUGUUCUUCCUCGACACGCUCAAGUUCUACCUGUCGCUGUACGGCCACAAGCUGCCCGCGCUCUCGAUCGACAUCUCGUCCGACUCGGCGCUGCUCGUGUCCGGCGGGGCGGACAAGGACAUCCGCAUCUGGGGCCUCGAUUUCGGGGACUGCCACCGCGCGCUCUUCGCGCACGCGGACUCGGUGAUGCAGGUCGCCUUCGUUCCCAAUACGCACUAUGCCUUCACAGUUGGAAAAGACCGACUGGUGAAGUACUGGGACUGCGACCGCUUCCACGAGCUGCUCGCGCUGCAGGGCCACCACGCGGAAGUGUGGUGCCUCGCCGUCGACCGCUCCGGCGCGUUCAUCGUCACGGCCUCCCACGACAAGUCGAUGCGGCGCUGGGAGCGCACGGACGAGCCGUUCUUCCUGGACGAGGAGCGCGAGAAACGGCUCGAGGAGGCGUUCGAGGCGGACCUGGACGCGGAUCCGCUGCAGGGCAAGGAUCUCGAGGCCGGCCCGGACGGCAGCGCCGCGAAGGGUGUGCAGGGGGAGGGCGAGGGCGCUGCGGCGGUGGCCGGGCGGCGCACGCUGGGCGUGGUGGAGGCUGCGGACGCGCUCGGGGAGGCGCUGGAGACGGCGGAGGUCGAGGAGAAGCGGCGGAGGGAGUGGCUGGACCAGAAGCGGGCGGCGUGGGCGGCGGAGUGGGAGCGGGCGCGGCGGGCGGCGAAGCGGGCGAAACGGGAGGGCGCGGCGCAGGCGGACGGGCCGCCGCCGGAGGACGACGAGGAGCUCGAGAGGGCGGUCGGGCGGCCGCCGGCGAACCCGCUGAUGCUGGGCCGGUCGCCGGCGCAGUGGGUGCUGCGAGCCCUGCGCAGCGUGCGCACUGCGGACCUGCAGCAGGCGCUCCUGGUGCUGCCGUUCCCGGACUGUCUCCGGCUGCUGAGGUACCUGGAGGGGUUCCUCGACGAGAGCUCGCAGGUGGAGCUUUCUGCAAGGGUCGCGACGAUGAUCGUGCAGGCGCACCAGGCGCAGCUCUCGUCCCUCCCGGACGCACGCGACGUCCUGGCGUCGCUGCACGCGAAGCUGCGCACGCGCAUGAAGGAGCUGAAGGACGUGAUGGGGUACAAUAUGGCGGCUGCGAGACACAUUGCGCGACGCAUCGAUGCAAAGCGCGCCGUGGCGGGGGAGUCCUGA